GGGGGAAGAGGACGUGAUUGUUCUUUUGGGGUGGGAGGAGAAGUGGUUGUGUUGUGGUGGGAAAAUUUGAGUUUUGGAUUCCUGUUCAAUUCAGACUUCUUUUAAAGAAGAAAAAAAAUCAUUUUUCUCUGAUUUUCUUACAUCUCUUAGCAGCCUUGGCUAAGGGAAGAACAUGGCGUGGUCAUUGCUGUUUACCUGACUCCUUGUAUGGAACUGUAAUUUUAAUGUCUCUUUUUUCAAACCAUUUGUACACAAAAUCAUUCCAUGAAUGGCUGCCUUAUAAUUUUUCCACUUUAAUUGUGAAUGGUUAUAAAAUAAUGUUGCAGUUUUCAAUUUGUUUUAUUAUAUUAAAUUUUUACUAGGUGCAGUGCUUCAGAGUUGGCUUUUCAUUUACCAUAGUGGGAUUUUGUGACAGCUCCUGCAAAGAGAAGUGACAGUCUUAAAUGGGAUUGCAGGCAUUGCAGACAACGCCAUUUAUUUUUGUGUAAUUGUGUUUGCAGCUUCCCUUCGUAAUAUGUGAGCACCACUUGGAAAUCUGAAGCGUGAAACUGACUGCAUGUUGGGAGGCAGUCUGGCAUGUCGAUUUAGACAUGGAGUGAGUGACUUCAGAGGCAUAAAUACAGACGUGAUUUGACAGCUCUGCUUAAGAGGGGCAUUUGACAACUUCUGUCUCCCGCAGAGUGUUUAGGAGCUGGCGUUGCUCUGAAGCUCUCUUCCUGGAAAAUGUGAUGCUUACAAGGCAGAGACCUUCCAUGUUAGGAGGGUCAGAGGGUGAUGGCUGAAUCAAGACUGCCGAUGAGGACGUGCUAGGGCUAAAGAAAACUGAGAGCACAGGACGGAAUGAAAACGAUCAGCCCCCAGCCCAAGAUGCAAAUGCUAAGUCACUCCUUUCUUCUGCAGACUUGGUAGCAGAGCAGCCUCUCCCAAAUGAGUGUGUGAUUUGGGUGAGAAGUCAGCUUCAAGUACGUGUGCUAAACCAUACCCUGCCUUUUGCUUCUGCGACAGGAGGAAAAGCUUAAUGAAAUGUUUCUGCCUGUUCUGUCUUUCAUGCCGUCUUGCUCGUCAGACCCCUUCUCACAUCUCAGCAUACUGUGUGACUGCCGCAGGAUCCUGCUGUGGUCCUGCUCAUGGCUCUUCACUAUUGCAGUUACGUGUCAAUACUGACAUGGGUUUUCCUGAAGGCAACCUAUCUUCUUCCUGCUGUGUGCAAUGAAAUCCAAGCCGGUGUUAAGCCACAGCUCCCUAAACCUUCUUUUUAACCCUACCAUUUUAACACCAUUAACUGAUGGUCAUUGUAGCUGAGAGCUGAUUUGGUUCUUUCUGCAAAGAAAAAAAAUGUCGUUUUCAGGCUUCUGAAUUUCUCUGGAAGGGUUUUAUUUGCUUAUGACAUGUUUUUGAGUUCCAAAGAGUAGUUGCUAAUUCACUUUUAAGUGUUUUUAAGGGGUGUUUGGACAGGAGAUUGGAGAAUAAUUAAUUUUAUCUGAGCAAAAAAGAAAAAAAGCAGAACAAUCUUCACCCACCACAACAGGACAUUUCAGAGUGUAUUAUGAGCAUUUGCAGGUUUUCUUAAAAGAUACACUAAAAUGCAGUCAUCUGCAUGUUAUGUGCUGCAGCUUUUUGGGAGUUGCAUGCUAUGGCUACCAUCAGGAUUUAGUGCAAAGCUGAGAAUCAUGGUUUGGAUUCUUGAAGCAGCUGAGGAGUAAAUAGGAAUUUGAAUGCCAGUCACAAGGUGGUUCCAAAGGAAACACCUGCAUAGUUGUUUCAGAGCUCUGCACAGGGCCCUGGCAUAGCAGGUUACACAAGGAAGUGGUCUGAAACUGUUGUCAUUUGACCUUGGGUGAUAAAAGUCCAGGAAAUGCUAAUAGCUUAAAGCUAUCUAUAGUGUGAGGCCACCCCUUCGGUAGCUGGCAGAUAGGUAAUGGUCUGACUUCACCUCCUGAUAGCAUGGAGGGUAACUGGUAGUGUGCUGAGUUGGUUAACACGCAGUGGGAAGGCACUGAUUAAAUGCCACUGAGGGCACUGAGGGCAGAAUAGGGGAGCUGGCAGGGCCCUCUGGGUCCAAUGGGCUCAACCCCUGCUGCAGCAGGGACACCCAGAGCAGGCUGCCUAGGUCCACGUCUAGAUGGCUUCUGAAUGUCUCCAAGGAGGAGACCCCAGAACCUCUGGGCAGCCUGUGUCACUGCUCCAUCACCUGUGCAGUGAAAAAGGAUGUGUAUUAUGUACACAGAUGAGAUCACUGCUGAGCCUUCUCCAGGCCUAACAGUCCCAGCUCUCAGCAUUUCCCCAUAGGAAAUGUGCUCUAGUUCCUUUUCCAUCUAGAGACCCUUUUCUGGAUGCUCUCCAGUAUGUCCAUCUCUUGUAUUGGGAAUGUCUUUCUUGUAAUAGCCUUUAGAAAUAAGAUUAAGAUUCUGACUUGACUUGGAAUCUAAGUAUUCUUGCUGUCUGUACUCUCCAGCUGCCCUGUAAGAAGGACUGGCUUUUAGACAUCCAAUUUCAGAGGAAGGGGAAUGGCGCUGUCAGGGGAUGAGGGAAGUAUUUAUUCUGGAAGCAAAGAAUCUUCACGCAUCCAUUUAAGCAGUACCCUUGAUAGGAUUUAGUAGUACUUCAACAGCAAAAGGAUUCUUUUUCCUCCUGUGGUUGCUAUCUAUAGGUUUAUCGAUGAUCCCAUGACUAACAGUUGCUGUGGUUGAGCUGUGUGUCACUCAGGCAAUAAGCAGCAUCUCAGCUGAUUGUUUGCUGUUAUUCUUCUGGUAGCUCAUAGGACUUGUGGCUAGGAAAGAAGUCUCAUCUCUUUAUGCAGGCUUAAUUUGCAAGACAAGAUACUUUUAGUGUAUUUAAUCAAAACGUUUUUCUGUGUAAUUGGAUACAACCUCUGCAGUCUGGUAUAAAUCCUUAUGAAGCUGGGAGGAAGGAGGAAGUGCUUUGAGUGCAUUUAUGUGACAAAAGUUACCAUAGAGAGCUUCAGUACUGAGGAGCUGUGGUGCUGCAGGCUUCCUGAUGAUGGCUGCGGAGAGUUCUUUAAUUUAAGGAAAAAACUCCUUUCCCAUCAGCAUUUCGAUGAGACUCAUUAGGGGUGAGUACUGCGGCAAGGAGGUGAUGAGCUGUCGUUUAUUUAUUGCUCCAGCUUACAGAUUGAACCGUUCUGCUGAUGCAUGUAAGCCUUACCCAGGUGUCCCUCCAGGCAGAGCUGCAGAGUGCUCUCCUUUCUUGUCACAAUGUUUUUGCCUCUUGGCUAAGGUGUGCAGAGGCUAGCAGCCCUUGCAGUGAAUUUUGGACUAAGAGAAAUGCUUUGUCAACUCUAUUACGACUGACACCAAACCUGUACAGUCUCUAGAAAUUCUGAAGUCCAAAAAGAAAUCAUUUGGAAGGGGAAAAAAUGCUUGGUCUGUGCCUGUGUGCCUACCCAGUGCCCCACAUGGUAGUUGCUUAUGAUAUGUCAUUGUACUGGAGUCUGUGGCUGUGAAGGGAUGCUAAUGUCGAAAGAAACAAGUUUAUAUGAGUUGCUGAUGUUACACCGAGGUGAAAGGGGCUGCUAAAACCUGCUGCAAACCUUAAUGCUACCCUGAAUGGCUUUUACUGUGACAACUCUCAGUCAAGUUUUCCUUGGUCACCUGCAGAGGGGCAAGCUGCAAGUAACCAGAGCGGAAUGAGGCAAGAGGUACAUUGUUUCACUGUCCUUUGCAGAUGAGCUCUGCCCUUGCAGCGAGGAAGACCAGGGAGGAGAAACUCAGAUUGGAGGCUGCUGCUGAUUAGAGCUGGGAGAACAGCAGAAUGAGUUCUUCAUCAUUAAGGAGAGUUUCCUGCUCUACUAUGCUGAGAGCGAGAAGAAGAGCUUUGAGAGCAAUAAAUACUUCAAUAUCCACCCCAAGGGUGUCAUACCCCUGGGGGGCUGCAUUGUGGAACCCAAAGAAGAGCCCAACAUGCCUUAUGCCAUAAAGAUCUCUCAUGAAGACUUCCAUGGCAACAUUGUUCUAGCAGCUGAAUCAGAGUUUGAGCAGGCUCAAUGGCUGGAGAUGCUGCAGGAGUCUGGAAAAGUGACCUGGAAGAAUGCCCAGCUGGGAGAAGCCAUGAUUGAGAGCCUGGAAGCCCAAGGACUGCAGCUGGCCAAGGAGAAACAGGAGUAUGUAGAUAAGCUGAUGGAAGAAACAGAAGAGUUGUGUCAGCAGAGGGAGCAGAAAGAGGAACUGGAGCGUCUGAACCAAGUGCUGGAAGCGGAGAAGCAGCGGUUUGAAGAGGUGGUACGGGAGCUGCGGCUGGAGCAGGAGCAGAUCAGGCGGGAGCUAGAGCUCACAGCCCGCUCCCUUAAUGGAGUGGAGGAAGAAAAGAAAGAGUUGCGAAGCCUGACUCAGUCCUUACAGAAAAACCUGGAGGAGCUCUCUGUAGAAAAGCAGCAAAUGUUGGAGAUGCUGGAAACGAAUGAAAGCCCACCUUCAACCAGCCCUAGCAAGGAGCAAAGCCCCAGCUGGGGGUUGCACUGCAGCCUGCAGCAGAUUGAAGAAAAGAUGCAGCAACUCCUGGAGGAGAAACUUCUGGCAGAGAAGAGGAUGAAGGAGAAUGAGGAGCGGUCCCGAGCCCUGGAGGCGGAGCGGGAGUUUUACUCUUCCCAGUCACAAGCACUACAGAACUCACUCUCAGAGCUGACUGCAGAGAAGCAGCAGACAGAGAGAGACCUCAAGGCUGAGGUGAAGGUGCGCAUGGAACUGGAAAAGAGACUGAGGGAAGCUGAGGAAGCAUUGCAGAGCUUGGAGCAAGGCUUAAAUUCUUUGGAUCGUAAUAAGGAGAAGGAGGAAAAGAUGAAAGCAGAUGUCAGUAAUCUGAGAAAGUUCUUCGAAGAGUGCAUCCGCAAUGCCGAGCUGGAGGCCAAGAUGCCCGUGAUCAUGAAGAACUCUGUGUACAUCCACAAAGCUGCCACUCGUCGCAUAAAGAGCUGCCGCCUUCACCGCCGGAGAGCCAGCGCUUCAUGGAAUGACUUGAAGCAGUCCCAGUCUUUCAUCAUCUCACAUGCAGAAGCUGAAAACAUUGAGGAGCUGAAGGAGGCAGCCAAAAGACUGAGCCGGCACCAGCACUUUCGUGAGACUCUCUACCAAAUCAUGAGAUCGCACAAAGAUUCAUCAUCAGGGGAUGAAAAAUGACUCUUGUUGAGAGGAGGCUUCUGAUCUCAACUUGCCGUUCAGCUCUGCAAACACGAAGCAGUCAGGCAUUAGGGUCAGAAAGGAGUUGCAUCCUUUGGUGAGGAAGGUGGGGGGAAGUUGUGUGUAGGAGGUCCCCUCAAGUAGUGUCUCUGCUUUAGUUUGGAUGCUCUCUGUGGUCUGGCAGACCUUCCCUGCUGAUGACUCUGGAUCAUGUCUCUUUGCUUCAGCUGCUUAUUUUAAGCCAUGUUUUGCCAAGAUACUGUGGCUGGUGUUAAAAUGAACCACUGGCCUUAGCUUAGGAAGUGCCUCUUCUUUUCUUUGCUGCCUAGUCUGCCUGCUAAAAACAGGUGCUUCUGAGAAAUCCUUCAUCAGCCCAUGAUGCAGCUGGUGUAGCCACCCCCAGCUGGCACAAUCUAACCUGUUCUACCUAAUGUCCUCUAGGAAACUGCCUCCUCGGUGUAGACCAUAAUAUCAAAUAUAGAGCAGUCUCCUGCUGCAGUAACAUUUCAAGCAGAGAGAUAGCACUGCAAGUUGAAGGCAACCUGAGGAUUCUCCCCAUGGCAUGGGAGAUGGAACUACAUGAUCUUUAAGGUCUCUUCCAACCUAAGUCAUCCUAUGAUUUGCCUCCAAAAGCAUCAUGUGCAAAGAUUUCAUAGAUAACUCAGCAGCAUCAGUGCAAGUUGGAGGGAAGGCUAUGCUGUGCUGACCAUAGGCAGAACAUCCUGGGGACACCUUUGCACUUUUUUGCAUCAAGACAGCUGACUAUGUUGCUGUCAGGAGGAGAAAAGGUCUGUGCAGAAAAUCGUAGGCAGGUUCAGUGUGGAGUAGCCUUGGCUCUGAUGGUUUCCUCAUCACCUCAGGAAAACAAGCUUAAGGAUAGGUGAGUGGGGUGAGGACUGUUCAGCAGUGACACCUACUACCAUUUUGCAAAUUAAAUGUUGUCAGCAGCAAGAUGUCAGGGCAGUGCAGCUGAGGAGGUGGGGAGAUCCACUUCAGUGCAUACUGCAGCAAAUAGACCUUACCCAGCACUUUGUACUGCUCUCUGCCAGUCCUGUUAGUUGCAGCCCAAGCUAUCAUGGUCUAGCCUGGACCUCCAGCAAGCCAAGGCUGGAAUGGAAGUGGUCCUGUGUACAGCUUAAUCAGAAGUGGGCUCCUGGCUGGCCUCUUGUCACUCCUCAUUGUUCACCAUGAGGUUGUUGCAGUGGACUAUUUACCUUGUAGUUGGUUAUCUUGUGUUUUACAUGAGAGGAAUGGCUUUCUUGUACAAACUUUUCCUUUAUACCAGAAGCUGGCUAAUAAUUAUCCACACUAUAGUAACAGCACUGCUUAGUGCUUACAGAACACGUGACAAGCACACUCAGUGACAUUAUCCCUGUGAUAUAAGUCAGGAAACAAAGAUGUAAAACAUACAAAGGUGGUGACGCUACAAGCAGAGCUUGCUUAGGGCUUGGGGGUCUUAACUGCCAGAGUACUGGAGCUCUUAGGUCUGUACCCCUGGGUAUUACGUGUGCCCUUUUUGUCAAGUACUGGGGUGGCUGCUUACCUACAUGCAGGCUGUGGCACUGGGCAUGUUUCGGCUUUGUUUCUGGCCGCCAAAGUCAUUCCCUUCCAGUCCCAUGCUGCUUCUAGAGUGAAUUUGUGGUUGAGAUAGGGAAGGGACCUUGUCCUGUCAUCCAUGAGAGUGGCAUUGAUGCUGGUGGAGGGUGCAGGGUGUGAUAUGCUGAGAGCUUCUAGAGGGGAAUGUGUGACCAGAGGAUGAGCACCGAAGGCAUGGUCUCUCCAUUUCAGUCACUUACUGACCAUUAUCCUUCUGCCAGAUAAUGGGAUGUUAUAAAAAGCCAGAGGGCUCAUCACAGCGGGCUGUCACUUCUAUGAUGACAGGUGAUGGACAGGAAAAUAGAGUUUACUUCCCUCCUUAGCAUACCUGACCCAUCUGUGCUUUUCCUACUCUAGCUUGCAUGCUAGAAGGCCAGAAAGAAAUCCUGGUUCCCAGAAGGUUGAAAAGCUGAGAAACACAAGCAGAGCUGGUUUUCCCCUUUGCACUGUCCUAUCAACAUCUCAGGCUAUUUUCCAGUUGCAAUUUUUUUUUAAAUCAUGUAAUACUGGAAGAUGCAGUGAAAAGUACAGCCAGAAUGUGUAUCUGUAAUCAAGGCAGUUAGAAAAAUCACUCAGUGGCUUGUGAAUGCAACACUUCGAUCUAUUACAAUCAAAUGCCACAAUAUCAUAAUUUACAGAAGUAUCGUGCCCAGGAGGUAGUCACAUCUGAUCUUCCUUCACUGCAUAUUGACAGCAAUAAGUAAAUAAAAGUUACACUGAUACCAGAGUGAA